GAAUGCCUGCACUGUUGUGUGUGUGUGAAACGUUGAGAGACUGAGCGGUAACUCAUCAUAACUUCAUCAUAACUUCAUCAUAACUUCAUCAACAGCGGAGAAAACUCGACGAUACGUCCGACAUCUUGAAGUUUACACAAUGCUGCUGAGUCAAAGAAGAACAAGAUGUCGGGAGCUCACGGGACCGACGCCUCAUUCAGUCGCUGUGAGAGCAAAGUUCCCAUCCCGGAGGCCGGCGGACCACCUGAUCCUGGACAGACAGAAGCAGGACGUCGCCAGGGAGGAGGUCCAGAGCUUCGCCCGGCACCAGCAGAGCUCCGACAGGAAGACUACGUGGCUGCAGACGUCAGAGAGACGCUUCCUCAGAGGGACCAUCGAGAGACAAGUCCGGGCCGCGCUGGACCAGCAGGAAGUCCACCUGGACCAGAGAAGGGACAGGCUGCGUGUGCUGCUGCAGGCGGAGGAGCAGCAGCUGCUGCAGGAGAUGGAGGAGAAGAUGGAGACGUCGGUGGAGAGACAGGCGAAGAUGAGAGAACGAGCCAAAGCUCUGAGAGAGCGGAGAGAGACGGAGAGACAGCGCGUUGUCUCAGAGAAGAUGGAUCAGCUGUUCAGGGACCAGUGUGUCCUUCAGUGA